AUGGUUGCAAUUCGCUUUUUAUCGCGAAAAAUCCCAACUUUAGCUUCGAUUUUCUUCCAAAACCUGACUAAAAUUCCGGCAUUACAUCGGAUUUCAUUCUCGUAUCUAAAACCCAAGACGCUACACCCGGUUACGCCGAAACCCUUCACGGUGUUUGCCGCUCAGUUCCAUGACGGGAGGCCAAGGGGUCCUCUCUGGAGAGGGAAGAAGCUGAUCGGAAAAGAAGCCCUUUUCGUGAUUCUGGGUCUCAAGAGACUGAAGGAAGACGAGGAGAAGCUGGAGAAGUUUAUAAAGACCCAUGUUUUCAGAUUGCUGAAGUUAGACAUGUUAGCUGUUAUCGGCGAGCUUGAACGACAGGAAGAGACUGCUCUCGCUAUCAAGAUGUUCGAGGUGAUCCAGAAGCAGGAAUGGUACCAACCUGAUGUGUUUAUGUACAAGGACCUUAUAGUGUCUCUAGCAAAGAGUAAAAGAAUGGAUGAAGCGAUGGGUUUGUGGGAGAAAAUGAAGAAAGAAGAGCUCUUUCCGGAUUCUCAGACUUACACUGAGGUUAUCAGAGGGUUUCUGAGAGACGGAUGUCCUGCUGAUGCCAUGAAUGUGUAUGAAGACAUGCUGAAAUCUCCAGAUCCGCCGGAAGAGUUGCCGUUUAGGGUUCUGUUGAAAGGGCUUCUGCCGCAUCCGCUUCUCAGAAACAAAGUGAAGAAGGAUUUUGAGGAGUUGUUCCCUGAGAAACACGCUUAUGAUCCUCCUGAAGAGAUAUUUGGUAGAUGUUGA